AUGUCACUGAUCAACAUUUGCAGAGAUAAUCAUGAUCCAUUCUACCGGUACAAGAUGCCUCCGAUCCAGGCCAAGAUCGAGGGUAGAGGUAACGGUAUUAAGACCAAUGUGUUGAACGCAGUGGAAGUGGCUCGUGCUUUGAAUAGACCCACUGCAUACGUAAUUAAGUUCUUUGGAUUUGAAUUAGGUGCACAAACAGCCAUGAACGAGAAUCAGGAGAGAUAUUUAAUCAAUGGUGUUCACGAUGCUAACAAAUUACAGGAUGUUUUGGAUGGAUUUAUCAGCAAGUUUGUGCUUUGUCCAUCUUGUAAGAACCCAGAGACCUCUUUGAACGUUACAAGAGACGGACAUUUGAAGAAAGAUUGCAAGGCAUGUGGUAAGGUGACGGAGGUCGAUCCACGAUUGAAAUUGGUUACAUAUAUUUUGAAAAAUCCACCUAAAAGCAGUCAGAAAGGUUCUAAGAAGAAGCAGGCUGCCACUGCUUCUGCCAACGUCGUUGGAGGAGGUAAAUCCAUCUCAGAUAUUGCCUCUGAACAAAAGAGCGACGGUUCUCCUGGAGCUAGCGGGGCUGGAUUUACUGCAGAGGCUGUUGCAGGCUCAAGAUUGGCAAAUACGGAGGCGCCACCUUCGCAAAAGGUCGAAGUUAAGGACGAUGAAUGGGCCGUCGAUAUGUCAGAAGAGGCCAUUGAGGCUAGAGCACGUGAAUUGAAUGCAAUGACGUUGAAAGAUGAAACAGAAAAAUAUGAGGAGUUUGGAGAAUGGAUCCUCAGUCAGGAUGAGCUACCUUCAGAUGUGGCCAUCUUCAAAAAAGCACAGGAUAUGGAUAUUGUGAACGAUAGGAAAACUAUUGAGGUGUUGGCACAGUGUCUAUUGGACGAAGAGGUUCUUGAGGAGAUUGAUCAGCAUAAGGGUAUGUUCAGCAAGGUGUUGACUACACCUAAGCACGAGAAAUCUUUUCUUGGUGGAAUAGAGAGGAUGAUUGGUACUGAGCACAUGGAUUUGGUGCCGCAAAUUCCGAGAAUUCUCAUGCAACUCUAUCAAAAUGACCUAGUGUCUGAGGAGGUUAUUAGAGAAUGGGGUACUCAUGUCACCAAGAAAUAUGUUCCUAAGGAUGUUUCGAAAAAGGUCAGAAAGGCCGCUAAGCCAUUUUUGGUUUGGUUGGAUGAAGCAGAUGAGGAUGAGGAGGAAAAUGAGGAUGACGGAGAGGACGAAGAGUAA